UAACCAAAACUUAAGGACAAAAGCGCGGGCUAUCGCAGUCUUAAACCCCUAGGGUUUCUUUCACGAGCGAUCGAAGCUUCAAGCUCGCUCCAAUGGCGUCCGUCGACGCCUCACUAUGGUGGGAUCCCUUCACAGACUUACUCACAGAUCUCGAAAACCUUUCUCCUUCAUCUGAACUCCCAAUUUCUCUGGCGAAUAAGUUGAAGGAAAACCACUUGUGGUUGUUGAACUCUGUCUCCUUGUUCAAGCCUCCUAGUCAGAAAUCGAAAGAGGCGUUGGAUUCUCAACAGGUUCAAAUAGGCUCACACCGGUUAACUGUACAGACGAAGUUUAAAGAAUUGGCACUGAAGAUUAGUUCCUCAUUGUGUUUGGAUGAGGUGCAAUCUUAUAUACUGGUUGAGAGAUCAUGUGAACAUGACACAUCUGAUAUUGUAGCUCUUGAGCCACUUCAUCUGAAGGUUAUGAUUCAGUAUUACAUUGAGCGACAAUGCGUGUUGAAGUGCACCCGCCAUCUUCUCAUGCUAUCUUUGUAUGUUGAAGAUGGCUCAAAAGCAGAUUCUUCUGUGAGGGAGAUGGUGCUGAAGUUGAUAUCUGAUGGGUUGGAAAGCAGAUUAUUGUCUGUUAUCGAGAGUUUAUUGUCUGCCACUUAUCCUGAAAGCAUGGAGGUGGAUUUUUUCACUUUAUGGGCUGAAGAGAUGCUGAUUGAAGACAAUUUGAUCUUAGAUAUUCUUUUUAUUGCUUAUUAUGAAUCGUUCUGUACAUGUGAUGGUAAACAAUGGAAGAAUUUAUGUUUACUUUAUGAGAGGAUGAUAUCUGGAUCUUGUAAUUUUGGCAAACUGGCCAUAUCAACUGAAGCUGUGAAAUCUGUAUAUCAUGCUAGAGUACAAUUGCUGCUUAUUCUAAUAGAAACUCUUUACCUUGAAAAUAUUCUUCAAAUGGUCCAUGAUGAGACUCCUUUCAGUCAGGGAAAUAUUUCUUUUGCCUUGAGUGAUAUUCAAGAGGUGGAUGCGAUUAUUUCUAGUCUUGAUCCAUUUGAGACUAAAGAAGCAGGCCCAUUAAUUUUAGCCUGGGCGGUGUUUCUAUGUCUUAUUUCAUCUCUUCCAGAAAAACCAGAAUAUAACAUGAUUACGCAGGAAACCGAUCACGUGGGUUAUGUUCGUCAAGCCAUCAGAGCUGCAUCACUAAAUUAUUUUGAUGAAAUUCUUCAAAGUGAUCUUUUGAAGGAUUCAGAGGGUCCUAUUGCUAGUUCUCGUAGUGUUUUGAGGACUUUCUUCUCUGCUUUCAUAGCAUCCUAUGAGAUCAGCCUUCAGUUAGAGGAUAAUAAUCUCAAACUGAUAUUGAAUAUCCUUGGAGAAAUCUACCGAGGAGAGGAGUCACUUUGUGUUCAGUUCUGGGACAGAGACAGCUUCAUAGACGGUCCUAUUCGUUGCCUGCUUUAUAACUUAGAAGGUGAAUUCCCUUUUAGGACCGUGGAACUUAUUAGCUUAUUGUCAGCUCUCUCUGAAGGAGCGUGGCCUGCAGAAUGCGUGUAUAAUUUUCUUGAUAAAUCUGUUGGGUUGUCUACUUUGGUUGAGCUAAGAGGCAACUUUGGGGUUGAUAAUAAUUCAAGAAUCAUUGAGACUCGAUUGCCACUUUGUGUUCCUGGAUUUGAAGGCCUCGAGAUACCAAGGGAUACGCGGGGUCGUGUGUUGAAGUUCAUUGAUGAUAACACUGCCCUUGUGCGGUGGGAGUAUAAUCAAUCUGGAGUGCUUGUGCUUCUUUUGCGUGUGGCGCAAGAAAUGUAUCCAGAUGGUUCUGAGGAAGUCCUUGUUAUUCUUGAUUUGAUUAGCCGACUUGUCACAUUUAACAAGGCUGUGUGUCAUUCUCUGCUGAGUAUUGGUGAUACAAUUCAUGACAGAGACAUAAGGUUAAAUGUGGCUGAGAUCAUAUGCACCUUGAUCAAGAAUCUUUCUCCUACCGUUAGUGGAGCAUUAAUGAUGUCAAGUGGUGUUAACAUUCUGGCAAUGAUGUUAAAUUGCUCCCCAUCUCAUGUUACUCCAACUAUUCUGAAGACCAAUAUUUUUGAUGUUUCUAUAAGGAUGAAUUCUUUUAACGAUGGCCCUGAUGGAUUAUCAAGUGGCUCCUGGUUGCUUUCUGGAAGACUUGCUAAAUUACUAGUUGUCGACUGUGAGCAUAACGACAGUUCGUGCCCACUUGCAGUAUCAGUGUUGGAGCUCACCUUUCAGCUUUUGCAAAAGGGGAUAGAAAAUGACUUCCUCCUGGCUCUUACUGUUUUCUCGAUUCAGUAUGUUCUUAUAAAUCAUGAAUAUUGGAAAUACAAAGUGAGACAUUCUCGUUGGAAGGUGACAUUGAAGGUGCUUGACGUUUUGAAGACAUGCAUUGUGUCAAUCUCACACUCCCCAAAAAUGGGAGAGAUUAUUCGUGACUUAUUGCUCUCCGAUUCUUCAGUUCACAAUGCUCUUUUUCGCAUCGUUUGUAUAACAACACCAACUUUAGAGAAUCUUUAUGUCAGCCGCCUGUAUGAUCUAGCAGAAAUUGAAGGUUUGCAGCUAGCAAUUUGCUCUGUAUUGGAUAUUUUCUGCAUGCUUUCUGAUCUUUUUAAGGAUACUUUGCCUGGCUAUCAAGUGUUUCAUCAAGCAGUGUUGUCACCUACAACCAAACCAAUUCCAGUGAUUACAGCUAUCGUCUCUCUUAUAUCAUUCUUUCGAAAUCCUAAGAUCCAAUUGGGUGCUGUGAGCGCUCUCUCUACGUUACUCUUGACUGCUGAAGAUUUACAGCCGUACAUGUCUGGAAAUGCAUGUUUUGGUCUGGAUGACAAACAGAUUGCAGAUUUUAGAAAUUCUAGCAUUACGAUAAUCAGCGACCGAUCUUUUUCACAUGAAGAUCUCAUCGUCAAUACGUUUAAGAUGCUUGCUUCAGCAGCCUAUUACCAGCCUGCUCUUCUUGUAGCACUAAUUGACUUAAAGGAUAGUACAACUGACGAUAAGUUUGACUCUGUGGGACCAAAUAGAGAAGAUCUACUUGAUGCUCUUUGUUUGUAUGUUGAAAAAUCCGGUGAGAUGAUAAAAAGUCAUCCCAAAAUAUUGCUGAAUUUUUUGGAUUUGUUGAUGGCAUUGUGGCAAGGAGCUCCCCAAUUCAUUAAUAUUCUGGCCCGUUUGAAGAAGUCUGGAGUUUUUUUAAAGCAGUUGUCAAGCUGUAUCUCACCGGAAGAUCAUCAUCUUUUAAGUUCAGACUCUUUAAUCGCAUCGUACAGAUAUCAGUGCCAGUCUGACAUUUUGCAAAUCAUGUCUCUUGAGAUGUUUUUGCAGAACAAGUUAUUACAUGCCGAAAAUAUCAGAAAAGAUAUUGUUGGGAAAGCUAGUAAUGGUGAGAAAACAGAAAAUGGUUCAAGAGACAUAUUAUCUAGCUGGUGCAAGAACUCAGUCCUGAAUAACCUCGUUAAGUCAUAUGCUUCGUGUGAAUAUGACAAUGACAAGUAUCUUAAAGGACAGAUUUCUGCAGCUCUAUUCUCUGUUCAAGUUUUUUCAAAGUUAAGAAAUGGUCACACUGGGAGUUUGUCUGUAUCAUUAGUUGAAAAAAUAAGCAUUUUGGGAAAAAAGUUACUUGAUCUACCUGCAUUUUCUGAGUUGGUAACUCAAUAUGGACAGCAAGGUUAUAGUGAAGGAAAGGAGCCAAAGAGUUUAAUAUUAAGUGACCUGUAUUACCACAUACAAGGAGAAUAUGAAGGUCGUAAGCUAGAACAUCAGUUAUUCAAAGCGCUGUUCCAAUUUCUUUUAGAAUCCAAGUUGUUGGAAAGUUACAAAACUAAGGAUGGUUCUAACUUGUCGAUUCAUGCUAAGGAUGUCUUGUUAUUCGACUGCGCCCGUCUAGAAAAGGAUUUGGGAAUCGAGUUAUGGGAUGUUUUGGAAUUUAAAGACGUGAAAGCAGUUGCGCAAACAAUGUUGACUCAUAUGAAAGAAGUUAAUUCUAUGUUGCUGCUCAGCAAUUGCAAACUUUCUGCUUUGAAGGCAUUGACAACUAUGUUGCCUCUGUAUGAUGAAGAUGUUACUAUUGGUGGAAGACUUUCUGAGCAACUAAUCGGUUCUUGCAUCCAACUUAUAUGUCGGUCUGUUGACAAAGCCACAGAAUCAUCGGUCCUUGAUUUUCUUGCAGCUCAAGUAGAAUUACUUCACAAUUUCAUCAGAUUUGUGAAGAAAAUGUCGUUAUCUUCUUCAAUACUUGUUAUAAAAACAGUAGGUUCCAGUUUAAAAACAUUAAAAGACUUGAAGAAUCCAUCGUCUGUCGAUCUUAAAUCGACAAUCAAGCUUUUACUUACCCUACUUCUCUCUACCGUUGGAUCGAUCAACAAUGAAUCCGAGGUGUCAGAUGUGUAUGUGAGGCUUCUACCAAUUCUCUGCACCUUCAGUGAACCAAAUGACUAUUGUACCCUUUCAUUGGCUACAAUCGAUAUACUUCUGAAACGUAUCCAGACACCUUCUAUAUGGUUCCCCAUCAUCCAGAACCAUCUACACGUACAGACUAUCGUUAAAAAGCUUCAUGAUAAAACCUAUCUACCUUCGGUUCCCGUGAUACUAAAAUUCUUUUUGACGUUUGCACUCGUGAAAGAAGGUGCAGAGAUACUCGCUAACUCCGGAUUCUUUACAUCUUUACGAAAUUUACUAGAAAACGGAAACGAGUCUGAAACCGCUCAAAUUGAAAAUCCUGAGCGUGUAUGGGGUCUCGGGUCGGCUGUGGUGUCGAUGAUUAUCUACUCAUUGAAGGACACCGAUAUGGUGGAUUAUGUCAUUUCUUGUUUUAUGUUGGAGAAAUCAGAUUUAAUUUCUUAUUGUUUGACUACACCAAACUUCCCGCCUGAUGUCAGCGACAGAAAAAAGAGAGCCCGUGCUCCGCGAAAACAACCGAGUUUGAGCGCUCUUAACGAAACGCAGCAUACCCUUGUGCUAUUGUGUGUACUAGCCAAACAUCACAACCUAUGGAGUAAAACCAUGAAAGAAACGGACCCACAGUUACGUGAAAUGAGUAUCCGUUUGCUAUCUUUCAUUAGUAGGGGCAGACAUCUUGCAGAAAACAGUCCAUUACUUUGUCAUCCUACUCUUAAAGAAGAGCUCGAAUGGCACAAGAAACCGUCUUUUAUAAACAGCAAAAGCGGUUGGUUUUCUUUUUCUUCCGCUUUAACAUUAUCAUCAUCAACUGCACUUGUGGUAGUUAAGGACACGUCGGCUGGAAACAUUGAUGUUCCUCAUCAAACAAUGUUCUCAGACAUGGCUGCAAUUGAGGUUUACAAAAUUGCAUUUCAUCUUUUGAGUUUUUUGUGCUUGCAAGCUGCUGCAGCUGCUAAAAGAGCCGAGGAUUUAGGGUUUGUUGAUGUUGCCCAUUUUCCCGAUCUGCCCAUGCCUGAUAUCCUACAUGGCUUGCAGGAUCAAGGAAUCGGUGUCGUUAGGGAGUUAUGCGAAGCCAACAGAAUGACUUCAGAAAUAAAGGGUGUCUGCGUCUUACUUUUACAAAUAAUUGAAAAAAGUUUGUACUUGGAAUUCUGCGUUUCACAAGUUUGCGGUAUAAGACCUGUGAUGGGACGGAUCGAAGAUUUUUCGAAGGAAAUCAAAUUAUUGUUUGCAGCAACUACAGGGCAUGCCUUUCUUGAAGAAACAGUGAAGUCCUUGAAACAAAUAACAUUGUAUGUUUACCCGGGAUUGUUACAGACAGAAGGGUGCUUGUGAUCUAACUUGGUGUUUCGUUUCUCUUGAUUCGAGGAUUAAUGAUCAAUCCGAAACAAACUUUUGUAGGCUUUUCUGAUGGUCUAUUUUAAGGAUAUUUUCAUAGAUAUUAUAAUAGUUGAUAAUCUGGUUUGGGUAGUAGUGCAUGAGAAUCGGAUUCUAUGGCGUUUGGAGUCGUCAAAGGAGAUGUGCCUUUUUGUGAAUGGUGGAUAUGUAAAGUGUAAUGAUGCUUUUUCCAUGUUUUACUUUUUUUUGAACGACUAUAUAUAAAUAUAGCGGGCUUUUCCAUGUUUUA